GAAGACCCAGGAGGGAGCUCUAGCUCUUUCCAUCCUCCUCUUUGCAGCCACAGUUCACUAUGCUCUUACUCGCCUUCAUCAACACUGGAAGACGGUUGGAUUUCGUGCCUCACCCGUGGGUCUUUUUCUUGCAAACCCUCAUCUGGAUUUUAUGUGCUACCGUCUGCGGCACGGAGCAAUAUUUCAAUGUGGAGGUUUGGUUACAGAAAUACGGCUACCUUCCACCAACUGACCCUAGAAUGUCUGUGCUGCGCUCUGCAGAAACGAUGCAGUCUGCCCUAGCUGCCAUGCAGCAGUUUUAUGGAAUUAACAUGACAGGAAAAGUUGACCGAAAUACAAUUGACUGGAUGAAGAAACCUCGAUGUGGUGUACCUGACCAGACAAGAGGUAGCUCCAGAUUUAAUAUUCGUCGAAAGCGAUAUGCAUUGACGGGACAAAAGUGGCAGCACAAACAUAUCACUUACAGUAUAAAGAAUGUGACUCCAAAAGUAGGGGACCCCGAGACCCGGAAAGCUAUCCGCCGAGCCUUUGAUGUGUGGCAGAAUGUGACUCCUCUGACAUUUGAAGAAGUUCCCUACAGUGAAUUAGAAAAUGGCAAACGUGAUGUGGAUAUAACCAUCAUUUUUGCCUCUGGCUUUCAUGGUGACAGUUCUCCCUUUGAUGGAGAAGGAGGAUUUUUGGCGCAUGCCUAUUUCCCCGGACCAGGGAUUGGGGGAGAUACUCAUUUUGAUUCAGAUGAGCCAUGGACGCUAGGAAAUCCUAAUCAUGAUGGAAAUGACUUAUUUCUUGUAGCAGUUCAUGAGCUGGGACAUGCUUUGGGACUGGAACAUUCUAACGACCCUACUGCUAUCAUGGCUCCGUUUUACCAGUACAUGGAAACUGACAACUUCAAGCUACCUAAUGAUGAUUUGCAGGGGAUCCAGAAGAUUUAUGGUCCACCUGACAAGAUCCCUCCACCUACAAGACCUCUACCUACAGUGCCCCCACACCGCUCUAUUCCUCCAGUUGACCCACGGAAGAAUGACAGGCCCAAACCUCCGCGGCCUCCCACUGGCAGACCUUCCUAUCCUGGAGCCAAACCUAACAUCUGUGAUGGGAACUUUAACACUCUAGCUAUUCUUCGACGUGAGAUGUUUGUUUUCAAGGACCAGUGGUUUUGGCGAGUAAGAAACAAUAGGGUGAUGGAUGGAUACCCCAUGCAAAUUACUUAUUUUUGGAGGGGUUUGCCUCCAAGUAUAGAUGCAGUUUAUGAAAACAGCGAUGGGAAUUUUGUCUUCUUUAAAGGUAACAAAUAUUGGGUGUUCAAAGAUACUACUCUUCAACCUGGUUAUCCCCAUGACUUGAUUUCUCUUGGCAGUGGAAUUCCCCCACAUGGCAUUGAUUCAGCCAUUUGGUGGGAGGACGUUGGAAAAACCUAUUUCUUCAAGGGGGACAGGUAUUGGAGGUAUAGUGAAGAAAUGAAAACUAUGGAUCCAGGCUAUCCCAAACCCAUCACAGUCUGGAAAGGUAUCCCUGAAUCUCCCCAGGGAGCCUUUAUACACAAAGAAAAUGGUUUUACAUAUUUCUACAAAGGAAAAGAAUAUUGGAAAUUCAACAACCAGAUACUCAAGGUAGAACCCGGAUAUCCCAGAUCCAUCCUCAAGGACUUUAUGGGCUGUGACGGACCAACAGACAGAGAUAAAGAAGGGCACAGACCUCCAGAUGAUGUAGACAUUGUGAUCAAACUGGACAACACAGCCAGCACUGUGAAAGCCAUAGCUAUUGUCAUUCCCUGCAUCUUGGCCUUAUGCCUCCUUGUAUUGGUUUACACUGUGUUCCAGUUCAAGAGGAAAGGAACACCCCGACACAUACUGUACUGUAAACGCUCUAUGCAAGAGUGGGUGUGAUGUAGGGUCCUUUUUUAGUUCCUUUCUUUUCCAGGAGUUUGUGGUAACUUGAGAUUCAAGACAAGAGCUGUUAUGCUGUUUCCUAGCUAGGAGCAGGCUGGUGGCAGCCUGGAUCAGGGCUGACCUUUCAAUCCCAGAGAGUUGAUGGUCCUGCACAUGAGUGGAGAGUCACUCGUGGAGAAGCUUCCAUGAUGCACAGUAUCUGCUGUCCUUCAGUCCUUUGUCUUUCUUUGUCAUUCAGUUCUAGGCCUUUCCUCUGCACGUUCAAUGCCCAGUAACUUUCCAGGAUUAAUUUAAGAAGAGGAAAAAAAAAUGAAGAAAAGAUUCUUCUUAAAGCUUUCUAUGAUUUUUUUUUAUUUCUGGUUCUCAGCCCAUUUGGGGGAAGAAAAACACAAAAUGGAAACCCCACUUUUUUUUUUUUUUUUUGCUUUAAAGCCAAGAAAAAAAAUAAAGGAAAAGGUUCACCAAUAACAAGCCUACGAUUUAACUUUCAGAAAAGUGUGAAGACCUAAAACAGCUUUGUCUCCAAAGAAGAUAGCUCUCUGACUGCUACGGAGAGUUUCCUGCACUUCAGUUUUGUCAGGUGGGAGAUACAGAAUACAUAUGCAGGACUUCAGACUGUUGGUACAGCCAUUUUUCCAACAAUCAAGGGGCCAAAAUAUCUGCAAUAUAGUAACAGCCUUAAUAAUACAUCCAUUUUUCAUUUUCUACAGCUGUUCUCAGCUAUGUCCUCAACGUCGCAUCGCAUUUAUAGUCAUAGUUCUCUUCAACCAGGACCUUUACAUUGUUUUGAAGUGUUUCUCAACCCCUUCCUGCCACCUUCCCACCACAUCAUUGUGAUAAUCUGCCCAAGUUGUAUUAGGCCAUUGCCCCAGGCCUGCCAUGGGUCUGUCAGGAAUAUUCAUUGUAAGCGGAGCAAGAAGGAGUAUGUCGAAAAUGUGGUUUAAGUGGCAGUUAUUUUCCAAGAAUAUGUGAUACUGGUAAUACAUUGGUGUAACCCUUUGAGAACUAUCAGAUGAGCUUUCAGAGUCUUAGGAUGGCUGUCUGGUAAAGGAUAAAACUGGUUGAUGGUAAAAUUAGGGUUUGAGAAGUUCAGAUUUUUAAAACAGAUAUAACCCCAUGUAAUUUUUAAGCAGUUUAUGGUACUACAUAAAUGAUUUUUUAAUAAAAAAAAAAAAAAGAAAUGAUGUUACUUGCCAAAAAAACUUUUCUGGCAAAUAAAAGAAGUAUUUUAUUAAGUCUCUUGUAAGAGUGAAAUUUUAUUCGAACAACGGAUGAUCAUAGCCUGUCUAUUUUUUUUCCUUCUGCAUUUUAAUUUUCAGUUUUAAAGUCCACUGCAUGAAUGUCCAUUUUUCUUGGUACAUGCAGUUAGUGUUGCCAUUUUAUAAGAAUGACUCUGAGAUUGCAUGUAUCUUUCAGUGUGGUGACUAUUGCAUGUUGACCAUAGUUCUCAAAGGGUUAAUAUGGCUUCUGGCAUUUAGCCAUCCUUUUGAUCACUGACAGAGCCAAGAGACCACCAAAGCAUUUCUUCCUUGAGUGUGAUUUAUCAUCUUAGCAGUAUUGUGAUUUUUUUUCACGUGACCUGCAGAGCAGGUUUGUUAUCAAUGAUUUUUUUCCUAGAGAAAAGUCAGCAACUGACAGACCUCUUUAUUGAUUUCCAGGAACUGCUUCUUGCAGUGAAAGGCUUUACAGCCACUCGGCUGUGAACUUAUUAGAGAUAUUCAUAAGGAAGGCAUCCCAGGAGUCAACCAUUGGCUUUGUGGGGAGGACAGCUUUGGAGGGGAUUAGCUUUUGAAACAAUUGAACAGCUUGCCUUGAACUUGGUUAUUGAUCUGUUGACUGUCAUUAACAACUUAAACAUUGUCUUAUGUGAAAAUUUUUUCUUGAAGAGUACUCUUCUAUGUGGUUGCCCUUUGACCUUUAACUUGCAAACUGGCACAAACUGAAAGAAAUCUGGUGUUUCUCCAUUGGAUUGCUAAUUGUUCUUUCAAAACCCUCGUAAGCAUGAGUUGUUUCUUUAGAGUGGAAAAAGAGUGUCACUGGGGAAUCGAGAGGUGAACACUUUGCUUUUUACAUGCACACUCUAAAAAUGCCCGUUAGGUAGAAGUCACUUUUCAUUUCAUUUUACUUUUUAGUAUCAUUUUCAAGUCUAUCUGCAUCAUUUUAUUACAAAUAGAAAACUAUA